AACCGGCGAAUAAGCGACAAUAGCGCGGGAGUCCUCAGCUCGCAUACGGUUUUUCCUCGUCGGGUGUUACAGCUAAGGAGUUCACCUUAGCUUCCGGAGUAGCCGCAAUCUUUCUCAACGACAUGAAGCUGCAGCUCACGUCAAUACUCCUGGUCGUUUUCACGACGUGUCUCGCCGCGCGACUGGAGAACACGUACCUGCCACCCGGUAGCGCAAGUACAGCUGGCGGCUCUGGACUCCAAGCCCCCAGCCAGGGUUUUAGUCGCGGUGCUGGUGGAAUUGUACCUGGUGGUACUGGUGCAUUUAAUGGACGAGGAUCGGGUUCUUUCGGCCCUGGUACUGGUGGACCUAGCGGAUUCGGACCACGACCCGGAGGUGGACCUGGAGUCGGUGGUAGUAGUGGCUUUGGUUUGAGCAGUGGAUCUCAAAUUCCGAUUGUUUCUUUUGACACACAAAAUGGCGGUGACGGUAACUACCGAUACAGUUAUGAGACCGGAAAUGGUAUUCAAGUCCAGGAGCAAGGCCAAACACAAGGUAACACGGAAGCGGUGAGUGGCUCGUACAGUUAUACCGGCCCUGACGGUCAACUCUAUAGUAUCAGCUACACGGCCGACGAGUCUGGAUUCCAUGCCCAGGGUGCCCAUAUCCCUACUCCGCCUCCCAUACCUCCAGAGAUCCAGCGCGGUAUCCAGGAGGCUUUGGCCGCAGAGGCACGUGGAGAGAAUCAAGAUGGUAGCUAUAAGGGUGAAGGCUCCAGAGGAGGUGGCGGGUACCAGAAUGGAGCUGGCUUCCAAAGUGGAAGCGGGUAUCGAGGUGUAAAUUCAUAUCAAAGUUCUCAAGGUGGAUACAAGUAUUAAUAAAUAUUCACGUACAAUUGCAAUUAAGCUUUACUAAACCGCGAGUAGAGUCACGCAUCUCAUUAUGUUCGUCGAGCUGCCACUGAACUGCCACCGCUAAUUACCAGUUUUAUUAUUGUAAAUACUCAAUCAUCAUUAUUGCUUAAAAGACACAAAAUUUUCCGUUUAUCGAAUGAUAAACAAGCCAUAACAAUAAAUAAAUAAAAGUUGUGCUGUUUAACGAACCUUGUUAAGCAACUUAAUUGUAAACACACGAGAAAUAUGCAUUUGGUUAUUGGAAAAUGAUG